AUGUAUAUCAAGAAGGAACGUGUCUCCCUUCAUCUCCUACUAUUGCUGACCUUGGUCAUCGAAAUCGGAACGAUACCCUGGCAGCAAUACUUGUGCCAGCCACAUACCGGGCUGAAUUUCAAAAUGCCGACCAUCAAGAUGGUCACACAGUGCACGAGCAAAACAGGCAUCAAGUGCCGCCCGCAAGUCAUCAGUUGGUUAUCCAAUCGCGAACGAUGGCCAACAUCUUUCCCAACGUGCUUCGGCCUGUUUGCUGUGCUAUUCUUCGGUAUCAGCUCACCUUCCCGCGGCUCCGAAGAGUUUGCGGUGGAUCGUGGGACUGAACGUGUGGCGUCCCUUUGGUACCAAAUGCAGAAUGUCAACAUUGAUGCCACAUCAACGAGAAAUUGCCCGAUAUACUAA